AUGUGGACGUCCACCUGCGGAUUGAGCGGGCGGCCGCUCAGAUUGUACAUCACUUUCACCGCUGUCAUCGGUUUCUCCCUCUUCGGUUACAACCAGGGUAUGAUGGCUGGUAUUCUGAACGGUAAAGAGUUCGUCAAGACCUUCCCCAUUCUGCGAAUGCCCACCGAGCCCACCGCUUCGGAAGAGCACUACAUCAACGUCAUUCGCGGUGGUGUCACUUCUUGCUACGAAAUUGGCUGCUUCUUCGGUGCCCUAUUCUCCAUGUUCUACGGUGACAGACUCGGUCGUACCCGUCUGAUCGCCAUGGGUGCCAGUAUUCUGAUUAUCGGUGCCCUCAUCACCACCGUUUGCUUCAGGGCCCACUGGGAGGUCGGCCAGUUCGUCAUUGGUCGUGUUGUGUCGGGUAUUGGUAACGGAAUGAACACUGCUACUAUCCCCGUCUGGCAAUCCGAGUGCUCUGGCGCUCACAACCGUGGAUUCCUCGUCUGCUUCGAGGGUGCCAUGAUUGCCGGUGGUACCUUCAUUGCCUACUGGGUUGUGUUUGGUCUGUCUCACGUUGCCGACAGUGUGCAGUGGCGAUUCCCCAUUGCGCUCCAAAUCUUCUUCGCUAUCAUCGUGCUUGUCGGUGCUCUGCUUCUCCCGGAUUCGCCAUCGUGGUUUGUGAAGAGAGGAUUGGAUAACGAAGCUUGCCAGGUUCUUGGAAAGCUCAAGGGUGCCUCUUCCGACUCCGACCAGGUCCUUUACGAGUUCAACUUCCUCAAGGCUGAUGUCGAAGCCUCCAACCGAUCCCAGGCCGGCUGGAAGACCGUCUUCACCGGAGGCAAGACCCAGGAGUUCCAGCGUAUGAUCAUUGGUUGCUCUGGCCAGUUCUUCCAACAGUUCACCGGUUGCAACGCCGCUAUUUACUACUCUACUCUGCUCUUCCAGGAGAACCUUCACAUGGGUGAAUACCUGUCUCUGAUCAUGGGCGGUGUGUUCGCUACUGUCUACGCUAUUGCAACAAUUCCUUCCUUCUUCAUGAUUGAGAAGGUCGGUCGUCGCAACCUAUACUUGAUUGGAUUCUUGGGCCAGGGUCUUUCUUUCGUUAUCACAUUCGCUUGUUUGAUCGAGCAGAACACCGAGAAUGCCAAGGGAGCUGCCGUCGGUAUCUUCCUCUUCAUUACCUUCUUCGCGUUCACUAUCCUGCCUCUGCCCUGGAUCUACCCCCCGGAAAUCAACCCUCUCCGCACCCGUACCAUCGGUGCCUCCGCUUCGACUUGUACCAACUGGGUCUGCAACUUCGCCGUCGUCAUGUUCACUCCCCUCUUCGCCGGACAGAGCCCAUGGGGUGUCUACCUCUUCUUCGCUCUCUUCAACUUCAUCGGUGCCAUCUUCGGUUUCUUCUUCUACGUUGAGACCGCCGGUCGUGAGCUUGAAGAAAUUGAUAUCAUCUACGCCAAGGCUCACGUCGAAGGCAAGAUGGCUUGGAGAGUCGCCAACACCCUCCCCAAGCUCACCUUUGAGCAGAUUGCUGAGCAGUCUCGCCAGCUGGGUUUGGAUAACAUCGACCACACUACUCAGGAGGACAAGAAUGAGCUUGGACUCAGCAGUGACAGCGGCCAUGAGGUCGAGGAGGUUCGCGAGAAAUGA